AGCUGCCGGUACUUUCACGCUUUAGAUAUACUCAUCAUUACACUAUUGUGGCUCGAUCAAUUUGUAAAUGAAUACAUUUUGUUUUAACUCAAUUGUGCAAGCGCUCCGAUGAUACGUGAAGGCAGAACAGUUCUCAACAAGUUCUCAACAGGAUGUUCUGUUAGUCUCGGAGUCACAAUCCUUACGACCUCCAUUGUCACAGAACCUGUUGUGCGGAUUUCGUGCACCCUUCGGCCUCCAUCCUCACCGCUUAAACAUCCUUGGAUUCUCUCUCUACAUUUCGCACAGCCUCUCUCGAGAAAUGUGUGUAGUGUAGGCCAGUUACAUAGAUAGUAUAGAAGGGCAGGUAGAGAAAUAGGCAGGCAGGCAGCCUGGUAGACUGGCAGAAGGGUGGACGAGGAGGAUAGCCGGGUAGUACGUUGGGGUUUGGCUGGAUCCCACUGAGCUUGCGCAAUGGGAGAGGAUUCUCUGGGUGAUUCGCGAGGCUCAGACCUCGCCACUCAGAUUCGUUUCGCAAGCUCGUCGCGACUCAAAGUCAAAAUACCGCGACCAUGAGAUCAGUAACCCGUAAUGGGACACCACCAUCCCAAAUACGAAAUCAAUCACGGAAGUUCCUAGCCUAUAACAAUUUGAACUCGAAGCUGCUUCUUACGUUUUUGCUCAAAUAUUAAUUUACUCUUCGGAAAGUCAUUCGUCAAGGAACGAGAUAGUACAAAAUUACGACUGCUUACUUGAAAGGGCGAAAGAGGGCAGAAGAGAAGAGGGUGAAAGGAAAGAGCGUGCAAGCGAAAGAGAGAGAAUCUAGAUAAAGUUAGUAUAUGUUACAGAAAGAGAGGAAAGUGAGCGAUGGGAGAAAAGAGAAAAGAGCGAACAGUGCAGGAUGUUCAUGGUUUUUAAUACCAUUCUACCACAUACAAGGUAAUUCGGACAAUCAAUUUUUCCACGUUGCCCAUAAUAAUAAAAAAAUAAAGAAGAGGAACUACAGUGUCUUGGAGACGACGACUGAAAAUGCUCAGCCCUAAGAUGCAAAGAACUGUGCGAGUGAACGAUUCUCAACUGGUGAUGCUUUCCGAGAGGGCGAAAUACGACCACUCACUUGCUGGACAUUUGCAUAAGCGAACUGCUGAUUCUGCCAAGUGGCAACUACGUUGGUUCGUCCUUUAUCAGAAUAUGCUCUUUUACUACGAGAGCGACGCCUGCUCGCGUCCCAGCGGCGUCAUCCUCCUUGAGGGUUGCUACUGCGAUCGUCUUAUCACUGCGAAGGGCAAGGAGCACGAUAAUCAGCACUGUUUCGCAAUAUCUUACAGAAGAGAAAAUCAGCGACAAUACGAGUUGAAAGCAGCCACAGAAACUGAUUGCAAGACAUGGAUCGAUUCGAUAAGAGAAGCUAGUUUCAAUAAGUUGCUUUUGCAAAAAGAAGAGCUCGAGCAGAAACAUUUGCAUCUGUUGCAAAUCGUCGAGAGCGAAAAGACUGCAAAAUGGCAGUACACUCAGCAAUGCGAAGAACUCGCUUCGGAAAUAAAGAAGCUUCGAGCGGAGCUGUGCACCUUGAAGAAGGAGCUAAGGCCACAUGCUAUGACACCUGCUGCCUAUUCAACUCGUAAUGGCAGUAACGGAGCCCUGAGAACACUCUGCCAGGGCGUAGGCUCCACCACCCCCGGUACCGUACAGCAGGCGACGGGAGUGGUAGGGCCAGCCGGCGGUGCUUCUACCCAAGGUUCCCUAGUUGGCGGCACCACUGCCACGCCAGGACUCAGGGGAAUUACGGAGGGUUCGAUUGAGAUGCGGAAGAUUAAGAAAGUCCAAAGCUUUUUUCGGGGAUGGCUUUGUCGACGACGAUGGAAACAAAUCGUCGAGCAAUACAUCAAGAGUCCACACGCGGAAAGUAUGCGGAAGAGAAACAGCUUAGUAUUCCAAAUGGUGGAGGCUGAGGAAGAAUACACUGAGCAAAUGGAAGUUUUGGUAAGCUGUUUCUUGAGACCAUUCAAGAUGGCAGCAAGCUCGAAGAAGCCUCCCUGUAGCCACGAGGACGUGAACAGCAUCUUCCUGAACAGUGAAACCGUUCUCUUUCUCCAUCAAAUAUUUCUAAAGGGUCUAACGUCUCGAAUGGAAAGUUGGCCGACUUUGGUUUUGGGCGAUCUCUUCGACAUGCUUUUACCGAUGCUUGCGAUCUAUCAGGAAUAUGUGCGCAAUCAUCACUACAGCUUACAAGUGCUGACCGAGUGUAAACAGUCGUCUUCGUCGUUUGCCGCUCUCUUAACUCGGCUGGAAAACAAGACUGCCUGCCACGGUCGGUCUCUAGAGACCUUCCUUACUUACCCCAUGCAUCAGAUUCCAAGGUACAUAAUAACGCUUCACGAGUUAUUAGCGCAUACACCUCAUGAUCAUGUUGAACGAAAGAGCCUUCAGAACGCAAGACAGCAGCUUGAAGAUUUAUCGAGGCAGAUGCACGAUGAGGUUAGUGAGACGGAAAAUCUGAGAAAAAAUUUGGCUGUCGAGCGAAUGAUCGUCGAGGGAUGCGACAUACUGCUGGAUGUUAAUCAAGUUUUCGUGAGGCAGGGUGCACUUGUUCAAAUUCUGGACAAACCUCGUGGAGCACGUAGCAGACUGAGUGCAACGUUCGGAGGCAAAGGUGCUGGAGACAAGGAAGCUCUCAGGCAGUGUUUCCUGUUUUCAAAUCAUUUAAUACUCACGACACGGCAGUCGGACGACGACGGUCGUCUAAAUCUCGUUCCACAAGUUGGAAAGAUACCACUUUCCGACGCAGUGCUCAUAGAAGAUCCGAGCGACCAAAGUGUCGCAGACGACGAUGAACUGUCAGUAUGUUCGAUGUCCAGUGGGAUCAGUGAAAGCAGUGGAAGCGGAAGCGGAAGUGGUAGCGCGCAGCUUCAAAAUCGUGACUUUAAAAUAGUUCUCGACGUCAAGUCCGGGGGAACGCAGAUCUCCGUUCACCUGGUGGCCCCUACGAUGCAGGAAAAAGCGGCGUGGAUAAGCGACAUUAGCCAGUGUAUGGAUAACGUGCAUUUCAACGAUCUUCUUCACGGGCUGCUCCCGGACACAAGUUCUGUCACGAUGCCUCAGUCAAUUAGGAACGAUCCGAAGCUCUUCAAGGACGACGUUGACAUAAGAUUUAGUCGGACACUGAAUUCCUGUAAAGUCCCGCAAAUACGUUAUGCCACACCUGAGCGACUUCUUCAGCGACUCACGGAUCUACGAUUUUUGAGCAUCGAUUUUCUCAAUACGUUUCUUUUGACUUAUCGCGUAUUCACCGACGGCGUCACCGUAUUGGAGGCGCUGAAAAGGGUUUUCUAUGACGCAGAACCACCUGACGCCCAGAUGCCCAGUGGCUCGCUAAUAUCUUUGGAUGUUCUUGCCAGCGUACCUGGUGAGAGUACACACCACACUGAUGAUCGCAGAAGGAGUAGCUUUUCACCAAGAAGGACCAGCGGCGCUAGUUCUGUAUCCGGAUACGGAUCGGAGGUGAGUGAUAGUCGAGAAGCCCGCAGUCACAGUGCAUACGAAUCCAACAUUGGCGCGCUAACGCCCAACUCAAAGGCCCACUGGCGCUCCGGCUACCGGAAGUUGGAAGAAGAGCAGCAAUUGGGUUUAAUCUCGGAAGCACCCGUAAUAGUCAGGCAGUCCCCAGGACCUUCUUCUGGCCGACAAUCGCCAGCAACACCUCGUCGUGUCGGGAUUCGUGCCGAUAAUAAUGCACAGGACGAUAGAUGUCUCUUGACCAUUCCGAGGGUGAUACCGGUGUCGUCCACUGCAGAAACACUGACGGACAUGACAAUGAUCAACGCAAGUUCUCCUUCGAGCAAUCACAGUUCUGUGACUCUGGUGGGCUCGACUGGUUCGGGAUCGGGCUCGCGCUCUGGCUCCGGAUCAGAUCCGGGUCCCCAAGACGGCGGAGGCGGUACAUACUCGCAAUCCACGUUAGAGAACACAGAUACACCGGUACCCAGUGAAACGCGCACCAAAGACGAAGUUCAGUUCGUCUAUGAUCAGCCGGAAACACCUUCGCACAAAUCUUCAUCCGAUUGGAUGCUCGCGAGGUCCCAGCGUUCCUCUCGUGGAAGACGUCGUGACUCUGAUAAGGAGGAAUCAUGGACGGACGGCGAAAGCACUCCGCCGGCCAUUCCUUCGUCAGCCACUGCUGAACUGUUUCAACAGCACAGCCGUCAUGGCAAUUAUCAUGAACAUCAUUCGAUGGAACACAGACAAUCGAUCGCAUCUGCACCGGGUACGGCUAUGAGGAGCGGUUCAAUCUCUACAAUGACGGGGAAUUACUGGGCAGCAAGACGCUCAAUACAAGAGAAUGAGAUGUGCUCGGCAUCGCAACAAUCCAAUUUCCAGCAUGACUCUCAGCAAGUUUCCAGCAAGGCAGGAGUAGUUAUCACCAGUUUCCGACAGAGUCAUCGAAGCAUUGGACUCGAGCCUCUAUGGAGCAGCACGUCGACUGCCGCAGCCGCAUUCGCAAUCGCCACGUCUGCCUCCAGUAAUCCUCCUGACAAGGCGCCAGGCCGGUGCAGCUUCGGCGAUGCUAGCGGACGCAGCGGCUCAUGUCGCGAUAAGAACAGACGCAAGGAAUCCGUGAUGUCAACCGCUGCAACGAUGAGGGUUCUGAACGUUCUUAGGCAUUGGGUCUCGAAACACGCGCAAGACUUUGAGCUGGACCAAAAAUUGAAAAAUCUCACUAUCGAGUUCUUGGAAGACAUCGUAUACAGCCCGAAUCUUUUGCCAGCUGAACAUAAAGCUGCUAGUCAACUACUGAGGCUCAUCACCAAGGAGGAAUCUGAGAGCAACAAAGCUGACUUGAAGAAAUUGCUUACUCCGCCAACGACGCAAAGCAAGGAAAGCAUCGAAACUCUAUCGGCACUGGAGAUCGCGGAACAGAUGACUUAUCUGGAUCAUCAAAUUUUUAUAUCCAUCGCCAGCGAAGAGUUUCUUGGACAAGCGUGGAUGAAGACGGAUAAAGCGACAAGAGCACCUCACAUUAUCCUUAUGACUAAAAGAUUCAACGAAGUCUCGCAGCUCGUAGUGUCAGAAAUUGUCAGGCGAUCAAAUAUGUCGGCGAGGGUCGCCGCAAUUGAAAAAUGGGCAGCGGUUGCCGAUAUAAGUCGAGUUUUACACAAUUACAAUGGAGUACUGCAAAUAUGCGCUGCGUUCACAAACAGCAGCGUCUACAGGUUAAAGAAAACUUGGGAAAAAGUAUCGAAGACGACAAAACAAACAAUCGAGAGACUUCAGAAUAUCGUAUCGUCAGAUGGCCGUUUUAGAAACCUGAGGGAUGCAUUGCAUCGUUGCGACCCACCCUGCAUCCCUUACUUAGGACUAUAUCUGACAGAUCUCUCGUUCAUAGAGGAAGGCACACCGAAUUUCACUGACGACGGUUUGCUCAACUUUUCAAAAAUGCGAAUGAUUGCUCACGUAAUACGUGAGAUUCGACACUUCCAGCAGACGCCUUACAAAAUCGAGUUGAUUACAAAGGUGACCAACUACUUGUUGGACACCACGCUGCUUCUCGAGGAGGAGGACAUGUAUCGCAUGUCCUUGGAAAUAGAACCAAGAACUUCGAGACUAAGUAACGCGGCUCUUAUUGGACUGCCACCCUCGAUCGGCAGCCCGACGACACUCAAAAAUUAAGAGGAGAAUCAAACGCUUUCGGUUUGAUUCUUCGCCAGGAAUCAUCGCAAAAUGUACAGAAAGCAGAUUGAGCCAAAGAGGUGUCUGAGAGGUGAGAAGCGACGUUCGCAAAGUAACAGGUAAGAGUACUCUGGGUCGCCGAACUUUCGUAACACGUAACAUCAAUUUUAUUUCUCAAAGAAAUAAUGCGCUAUUUCAUCUGUCAUCUGUGAUUUCCAAGUAUCUGACUACUGAAAGAUUCUACUGGGUUGGUAUUGGAUUCAAUCGUAUCCGUAUCCAGCUAAAAUCAUUAAGAAUCCAAAUGAAUGAAUCGGUAGCUUUAGAGCUGAUUCGUCGAUAACACUUCAAGAGACAGUUCAUGGGGAACAAUAGGUCGACAUGAAAAUUGGUCAAUUAGUGAAUUUCUUUAGAAAUAAACGAUCCAAUGCCAAUGUAGUAUUUGACAGGAAAAUUGUUCGAAGAACACAACACAAGUUAUUGAAUCCACAAAGCCGCGACUAGGUGCAGGUAACUUUGCGUCAAGUUUCAAGUACCAUCAAUAUAGCUCGAUCUAUUUUCAUUUUAAAUAGAAUUUCCAUUCGGUUAUUGGUUCCUGAAUUAACUCUCAUUCGUGUAAUAUUUUUCGUUUGUACGAAUUGGACGAAUAAUCUGAAAUUGAAAGGAGCAGCAUGGCGCGUAUCGCGACGGAUCGGACAGUCAGGAAAUACAAAGCAAGGGGAGCAAUACGAGUUACGUACUGGCCGAUCUAAAGGACGAAAGUAGAAGCGGUAAUGCUAGGUUACCGAGACCUGGGUAAUGUAUACGUUGCUGAGAUUUCGACUAUUGGUUUUCAGUUAACGACAGCUCAACUCGCAGUAUUACUACUUGAGAUAUUUAAGAAUAAGUUUAUCGGAGUUGCAGUGAAACUGUACCAUCGAAUGCUGUGAAUAAAACGAGAAGGCAAAGGGGUCGAGUGGAGUUUAAUGGAGAUUGUGUUUGACAAUCAAUAGCAUAGAGAAGCUAAUCCAAACGUAUAGACGGCAGUCCUUAAGCAGAAGCUGAAAAUUCGACUCUCAGAGGGCCUACCAAAGGCCGAUACUUUCUCGAAUAUCGCACUGAUAGAGAGAAAAAAAGAAAAAAAAGAAAAAGGAGAAAACCCUAUUUAAAAAACCGCAAUUGCCGGUUAAACAUAUCAAAUUAAUAUGAUGAUUUCGAGUACCUCUAUUUAUUCCUAUUCUUAACCGUAUAUGCAACUAUUAAUUAAGGCUGCUGUGGUGUGGAAUAGCAUUGUGUGGCGCAGCAUUUCGCGAUGAACAUCGCUCGAAAUAAAUAGAAAAUUUUCUUAAAAAUGGAGAAAAUUAUCUCCGCCGACUAGAAGACUAGUCGAGCGAUGUGUCCCAGCUGAUGCAACUUUACACAUUCCUAACCUACACACGCAUGUAUACCUCACCUCUCUAUAAAUAUUAUACAUAUACACAUAUAUUAUAUACAUAAUUAUUUGUAAAUACAUAUAUACUAUAUAUAUUAUACUAUACACAUAUUACGUCACUACAUCGUUUAAUUAUGACUAUCGUUGUUGACCGAUUUCAUCGUAUAUGAAGAUUUACCAUUACCGAAGGUAUUUAUUAUUAAUGUUAAGCCCGUAUAUGUUAUUAUAUUGUGGCAUCUAGAAAGUUUAGAAUACAAUCUACUUCUCGUUUUUAAAAAUCGAGGCGAGAACGCAAGCAGCAACAGUGAAAUUGCUUGUUCCGACAUCUACGAGGUUAGCCUUUCGUCCUGCUGCACGUCGCUUCACUCUGCUUCUCCUUCGAAAAAAGGAACGACAAAGCAUUGCGACCCUCCGCGCCAAUUAUCCGUUUCCCUCUUCGGCUUCUUUUCUCGACUUCUUAUCGUCGAGACGUGCACUCACUCCUACGCGAUUAUAUAGAUACAGACAGAGACGGGAUACUUCGUUUUUCUUGACUGCUUACUUUCUCGCCUCCUCGACUCGCUCGUUGACUCGCUCGAUCGAAAGAUACACCGGCACGAUAAAUACCGCUGGUCAGUUAUUUUCUGAACGUACUCUUAUAGGUUUCUUUGACGACGAUCUACGACACCUACGAUCCCAUGUCACUGGAGUGCAAGGGAAACGCACAACUUCUAUCGCGAUAAUUGAUUGUUAACAGGCCGGUCCAACAAUUACUUUACUGUUGGCUGUUUUGAAUGUGAAAAAAAAAAUUUUUUUUUUAAUUAAAAAAAUUUCUGUCUGGUGAGCGAUGGAGGAUAAAGACUGACAGAUACAGUGGGAGAUUAAGAAACAGAAAAAUUCUACAAGUAGGAAUAAAUUACGUUGAAUAAGUUGCUUGCAGAAAUUCGCGAGAAUGGAAUCAGCUCUUUUUUUUCUUGGAACUAUGUACUACCAUGCCACGAUGUCAAACUUGCCGGUCAAUGAAAACUUGCGAGAGCUUUACUACUAUGAAUCCAAUCGUUGCGAGUGAAAAUGAAAAAUAUUCUUAAUAUUCUGAUUUCUGAGCUUCAAAGUUUUGCCGACUGCACUACGAUUCGUAUCCGCUAAUCGAGUUAUCAGGAAAUAUCAGUGAUUCCCACAGUUCCCAUACGUAUAACAACUCUCUGACUCUGUCGGUCUACUUUCAACUUCUUGAAUGAAUGAUUUAAAUUUGAAAAUAUAUAAUUUUUUUUGGAAAAUGUUACACUUACGACGGCGUGAGAGCGAUUCAACGACGACAACCUAUUGUCUUUCUAGUUGUUAAUGAAAAUACAAAUCACAAAUCAUCAGCUGGUUGUGAGUAAACGUUAACUACAUACUGAAACGUAGACAUUCGUAAUGUACUGUUAAACGGGGUGAUUUGUUGCCUAGGAUAAUUUUUAAUUAUAUAUUGUCCGUUCGAUGAAAUCGAACCGUUGGCUGCUCAUGGCGGAAUACAAAAUGUCAUUGGCACUUUUUAAUCGUUAUUAUCUUGUAAUCGCUUUCAAAUCUCAAGACGCUUCAGGAAUUAAUCGAAUUCAGUCGACUGUUUAUUCUGGACCGUUUGAUAAAAUGAUAUUCUAGAAGUUAAAAAAAGUUAUUGAAACGUUACCUCCCGAUAUCGUCUUGGCUCUCCUCCACUGACUCUUAAGAUUUUCUCCGAAUGCAAUGCUAAUGUCGCUGCUUCGAACACUCAAGUUUUCGUUAAAGUUAUUUCUCGAGUUUCCAUGUCGACAUUCAAUGAACUUGAUAUUUUUCUGAGUUAAAUGAAAAUCUGUCAACUUGCGAGUAAGUACAGAAAUUGGAGAGAGUUCAAGAGAGGAAAUUAAAUUGGAACCUGGUCUCCCGUCUUGAGUUUUGAAUUUCGAAUCCUGAAUCUUAUCGUUUCGUUCAAGGAAUGUUUAAAUUUAACGGAUAAGUAAUAAUAAUAAAUAACGAGCAUAAGUAAGAAGUACGUUGUCUAUCUCUUGAAAGAUCACGAGGGCAUUCCACGUAAUAAUGAAAUGUUCCGAACCUUUACAAACUGUACGCUAAUCGUACGUUGAUACUGUCUAUUACCUGUCAAGCAUUUUAUAUCUCUUGUCUAGUAUAAAUGAAAUAGAAAAUAUUCUUCUGUA